UGUAGCGAAUGUUGAAGUUUUAGCACCAGAAACAACAUUCAUACAACGUAUCAUACAUUUUAUAAACAAAAUAAUAAAGUAUUUAAUCAUUUAUAAAAGGUCAAAAUAUUCGGAAUUCAUACAUAAACAAUGGAAACAUUACUUGAGCAACAGAGACGUUAUCACGAAGAGCGAGAACGUUUAUUGAAACUAAUGAUUGACGAGUAUGCAAAUAAAAAACUUAAUGAAAAGGAGCGUAUUUUUUCUGAACACCGCCUUAAAUAUUUAUUAGAUCUUCACUUGAACUCCACAUCCAAGUUAAGGGACUUAUAUGAAGACAAAGAUAAUGAGCGCAAAGAAGAAAUUCAGGCAUUGUCCGGUCCAAAUGAGUUCAACGAAUUUUACAUUCGACUAAAACAAAUAAAGGAAUUUUACAAAAAACAUCCUGCCGAAGUUUGCAUUCCUCUAUCAGUUGAAUUUGAAGAAUUAACAAAAGCCUAUAAUAAUCCAGAUGAGAUGUCAGCUUUAGUUGAAUUUACUGAUGAAGAAGGCGGUGGCCGGUAUCUUGAUCUCAAUGAAUGUUUUGAAAUGUAUAUGAACUUACGCGGUGUAGAGAAGAUAGAUUAUAUAUCAUAUUUAGUAACUUUUGACCAUGUUUUCGACAUACCUCGGGAGCGUAAAAAUCGUGAUUAUCGGAAAUACAUUGAGACUCUAAACGAAUAUCUAUAUAACUUCGUGGUCCGCAUACAACCGUUACUGGAUGUAGAAGCUGAAAUUGUAAAAGUCGAGGUUGAUUUUCAACGACAGUGGUUACAAGGAACAUUUAUAGGUUGGACAUCAAAAGAAACUGAAUCUGCUCUAGCAAACACUGGUGCACAUCUUGACCUUUCUGCUUUUUCCAGUUGGGAGGAAUUGGCUUCUUUAGGUCUCGAUCGUUUAAAAUCUGCUUUGAUGGCGUUAGGUUUAAAAUGUGGUGGAACUUUAGAAGAACGUGCACAAAGAUUGUUUUCAACAAAAGGCAAAAAAAUGUUAGAUCCAUCUUUAAUGGCAAAAAAGCAAUCAACAAAAAAUUCAAAUAUCCGUUCCAAAGACAAUGAACGCCAUAAAGAAAUAGCACAAUUAGAAGCAUAUUUAUAUAAAUACGCAGAAUUAGUAUCAGAACAACGUGCUGCCACUAAAGAAAAUGUACAGAGAAAACAAGCUCGCACCGGUGGCGAACGCGAUGAUAGCGACGUAGAAGCAAGUGAAAGCGAUAACGAUGACGAUGCCGAUGCAGACGAUGUACCGUACAACCCAAAAAAUCUUCCUUUAGGUUGGGAUGGUAAACCCAUACCCUAUUGGUUGUACAAAUUACAUGGUUUAAAUAUUAGUUACAAUUGUGAAAUAUGCGGAAACUUCACAUAUAAAGGGCCAAAAGCUUUUCAGCGACAUUUUGCUGAAUGGCGACAUGCGCACGGAAUGCGUUGCCUUGGUAUACCUAAUACAGCUCAUUUUGCUAAUGUUACCCAAAUUGAAGAUGCAAUUACAUUAUGGGAAAAGUUGAAAUCACAAAAACAAAGCGAACGUUGGAUUGCUGACCAGGAAGAGGAAUUUGAAGAUUCGCUGGGUAACGUAGUAAAUCGUAAAACAUAUGAAGAUCUUAAAAGGCAAGGUUUACUCUAACGCGUUUAUUUCAAUUAUACAACUGUAUAAAUAAACUAUAUAAAUCAUAGAAAAUUAA